GGAUACCACUGUUUCCCAACAAAGUCUGCAUUGGAGGCGUGUAAAGCUGUUUUCCUUGUAUUUUAUACACAUCUGCAAAUCUGGAGUACCUCCCAUGUCUACCAAGGAUGUUAAAGUAUACUUAGAAUAUCUCGGGGUACGUUAAAUUUUAAGGUAUCUCAGGUUGUUGCAACCGUUUUCAAUGUGGAUUUAACAGAAGUAAACACAAACAACAAACAUGCCAUUUGGGCUGAAACUAAAGAAGACACGCCGAUACUAUGUGUCUGGAAGGAAUUCCUACGUUGCACGUAUUCAGUUGUUAGAUAAUACAAUUCUUGAAUGCACGCUGGGUCCUGAGAACUCUGGUAGUGACUGCUUGGCUAUGUUGGGUCAGAAGUUGCAGUUGGAAGAGCUUGAAUAUUUUGGUCUUCUAUAUACCAAUAAAAAUUACAAACGGCGAUGGGUUGACUUGGAAAAACCAUUGAAAAAACAGCUGGACAAGAAUGCCAAUGAUCCUAUGUUGACGUUUGGUAUUAUGCUAUAUAUAUCUAAUGUUCAGAAUUUACAACAAGAAAUAACAAGGUACCUGUAUUUUCUACAGCUGAGGACAGACAUAAUUGAAGGCAUUCUACCAUGCAGUCCAGAGCAGGCUGUCCUGCUGGCCAGUUAUGCAGUCCAAGCUGAGUUUGGAGACCAUGACCCUUACACUCACACUGUAGAGUUUCUGAAAGAUUUUGUUCUACUUCCCAAGAAUUUAACAAGUGACCUGGAGUCAUUGGCUGAGCUAACACAAGAAGUAGCCAAUCAGCAUCGGAACCACCAGGGUGUGCCACCUGAUGUUGCAGAACAACUCUAUAUAACAGAAUCCUCUCAGUUAGAAGGCUAUGGUCAAGAAAGCUAUCCUGCAAAGGAUGAAUCUGGGAACGAUCUGUUGCUGGGUGCUUCCUUUCUUGGGAUAUGUGUGAAACACCUGAACGGCCAACCCUCUGUUUAUUUUAAAUGGAAUGACAUUAGGCAAGUAGUACAUAAUAGGCGAUUAUUUGGUAUUGAAAGUAUACGCACACAGGAUACCAUACAGUUUCAAAUGGAGGACGCUGAGACUGCCAAAUACGUCUGUCGUAUGUUUAUGACUAAGCUGAAAUUCUACAGGCUUAGUAUGGCAGCUCUGAGGGGUGGUAAGGAGGCAUCACUCGAUGGUGGUCGGAUAAUCUCCAAAAACACCGCACCAUUACCAUUACAAAGGAAACCUACAUUGACUAGAAGGUCAGCUGACAGAGCACAUGACAAUAUAAUAUUUACCCCUACUACUAGAACCAACAGUGUACAAGACAAACUACCGACACACAUGCAACCUACUGAGCGUGACUUCGUACAUUCGCAACUCAGUUUAGACAGACGAAGUACUGAGCAGAACUACAGCAAUGGUGGAUUUGCAAUUACUGACAACAAUGGUAGUGUGUAUAGCUCACCGAGUGUGACUUCUUUGAAUCAAGGCAUUAAUAUGCACGUCUCGCCAGCAUCGUCAGUUCCCAGUGUUGCUAGCAAUGAGUUAUCGAGACAGGAUGUGUCUGCAGCUUUGCCGCAAUACAGGCCGUCGCCUGAUUACAGUGAGGCAUUAGUACGUGCACAUAAUAGACUGAAUACAAUCGGUGAUCAGAGUCAAAGUCUUAAUAAUUUAGGAAGAGCACACGCAUAUAGUCAACCAGAGACAAUGGUGUACAGUCAACCUGAAAUAAGACAGGGACAAUAUGCUCACAUGAGUCCAUACGGAACUCAUUUAAAUUUAAAUAUGGGCUCACCCGCGUACAGUCAUAGUUAUGUUGAUACUUCGACAGAAUCUCUUCCAGUGAUACCGAUGUCUCUGCGGAAUAACAUCCCACACACGUACAGUACUCCUGAACUGGCCACUCAGCAUAUGCCAUCAACGCAUGAUUUCAUUACCUCAGAAAUGCUCCUUAAUAAGUACAAACCCCCACCACCGUAUCCAAGGAACAGCACAAGUACUCCUGAUUUGCCACGGCAGAUGUUACAACAACAGGAGAUUAGUAGUAGUAGUCCUGAUUUAGUCAGUCGGAGAGUGCUGGGUCAAAUGGCAACCAUGCAGAACUCUUACCCGGUGCCUAGUACGUCAAUGACGAUUAGCGUCAGUUCACCGUCAGAUACCUCACAGCAUUCCUUACAUGCUCUGCAUAGUAUGAACUUGAACUCAGAGCAGUAUUUAGACUCGUAUGGACAAUAUCCAAGCGGAAGUGAACACACAACAAUACACAUCAGUCGCGAUGUGCAGACUGAUAUCACUCAUGAGGACAUUAUUGAUGACGCCACGUUAUCUGAAAGUGUUCCAACGGCUGUGUCGCCAACGGAAAUGACAGAGAUCUCACCAGAAGUGCCUGUAUAUAAUAUAGAACACUGCAAUAGCACAGCUUUUAUAUCUGUAAAAGAACUUCCUAUUGAGGAUAAAGAGGAUGAUGCUGAUAACCAAGUAACUGAACCAGCGCCCAUGUUUUCAGCGGAAUCUGAAGAAAGAGUACAUAUGGAGCUGUCCUAUGACAUUGACUCGCUGCCACGCCAUGUGGAAGCUGAUGUGAAAAUAGUACAACACCAGUCUUCAAGGGAAUCCGCAGAAAAUGCAUCUUUUCAUGACAUUUCACAUGUUUCCAAGUCCAAUGAGACUUUAAUGGUUGUAGACAGUAGUCGCACUGGGGAAAGAAAAUCAUUGAGUCGGUCGGAAACUUCCAUAUCGAUGGAGAAGACAAUUGCAAUAGAGACAGUUGAACAGACGCCCGUGUCGAAUAGGGAAGAGCAGUUAGGAGCUGACAGCCCCAAAAGUAAAAUUCUGUUACAUCCUAAAGCUGGUGAUGAAGUGGUUCUAAUGACACCCGGUACAAGUGGCUAUAGUACUUCCAAUGACUCUGAUUUGGAAGAGCCAUUAAAGCGCGACAGUGAGGAGAGACUGAAAGGUGUUUACAUGGGACCAUUAAAGAUUGCUGCCAUGAAUGGAUUAACCUUGUCUAGGCUUAUAGAAUUACACGACUCAGAUGAAGAUGAUACCGAUGUCAGGUGGAAAAUCUUAGAGAAGAAGUUAGAGAAAGGGUCAGUAUUUACAGAGUAUGAGCAGAUACCAAAGAAGAAAUACAAUGCUAUGUAUACAACUGCACAAAAGCCUGAGAACGUAAUCAAGAAUAGGUUUACGCAUGUACUGCCAUACGAGGAUACAAGGGUAAAGUUAAGACCAGAUAAAGCCAAUCCAAGUGGUUACAUCAAUGCCUCGCUCCUGAAAGUAAAUGUUGCCAGUGAGGAACUCCAUUAUAUAGCGGCUCAGGGGCCAUUACAGAAUACAGUGAUAGAUUGGUGGAAUAUGAUAUGGCAAGAAGGUGUUCUAGUUAUUGUUAUGUUGACUGCGGAGUCUGAAGCAGGCAAACCAAAGAGUUUCAGAUACUGGCCGCAAUUCAACACUGACAGGAACACACUUGAAUUUGGCCCUUUCCAAGUAAUUGGUCAGUUCACCAAUAAUUCUGGAUUUUACGUGACAAGUAGUAUUACUCUGAGACAUAAGCCUUCAGGAGAACAGAGGACAGUCUGGCACCUUCAGUACACAGAUUGGCCAAACCAAGGUUGUCCAGAUGAUGUACAAGGAUUCUUAGCUUUCUUAGAAGAAAUCCAGUCAGUAUGUAGACAUGCAAACAGUAUGCUGGUUGGUGAUCACUCACCACCAGUUCUAGUGCAUUGUAGUGCCGGUGUUGGAAGAACUGGUGUGGUGAUUUUAGCUGAUGUGAUGAUUGCUUGUCUGGAAUAUAGUGAGAAUGUUGAUGUGCCGAAAAUGCUUACAGCUUUACGACAGCAACGGAUGCUGAUGGUGCAGACUGUGGGGCAGUACAUCUUUGUUUACAAGACACUUAUACAAUUCCUGAAGAACUCAAGACUCAUCUGAGCAGCUGUGAGGAAACAUGAUUGCAUCACUUUUCAGACUUACGGUGCCAAUACACAUCCAACCAUCAGAAGGCCAAAUCAAAAUUAAG